AAUGUAUGAUAAUGAGUUUAAAACAAAGGGAAAUAAAACUUGAACCAAGGAGAAAAUUGAACCACAACACAUGCAAUGACAUGAAGAAAAUGGUUCCUCAGCCAAUGAACAGCAUGCUGGAUAAACAACCCAGGGAAGAGGCCAUCAGGAUGAGAGAAAAGAGGAUGAACAUGGUUACAACAGCUGUUCCCCCCCACAGCACCAUCUGGUAUGUUUUUUGGAACUUGAAGCAGUCUUGUUUAAAAUCUAAAGUUGUAGAUUGAUGACGGGUGAACCUAGUGAGGCUGAUCAAUUCCCUUGAGGGGAGGCUUGGUCAUUAAUCCCCUUAUUUUUUAGCAAAUGGUUUGAACCCAGGAGUCUUUUCAUGCGUUGUUGUAUGAUUGUCUGCUUUAGCGUAGUCCUGAGGAGGACUUGGUUUUGUUUGCUGAUAUUUAGACAACUUGUGCAGAAGUCAUUUCAGGGUCCUUUGCAUAAGCAAAUAAUUAUAAUUAAAUGAAGGUUCGCUCUGUCAGAAAAAGAAACAUUUUAUUCUAUCAUCUAUCCUUAUCUCAAUACAUUUUUUAUUGCAGUGCCAAAUCAGACAUCGGGUGAACAAAGAGAACGGCCUGCAAGAGCACGCCCUGUUUGCUCUUUAUGCCAGAAGCCAAUGAGAG